AUGUAUUUUAUCUUUCUGAUCACACAUUUAAUAUGUGCUCUUAAAAUAUCUGUAUUCGCCACUGACACUGUUGCUACUAGUAAUAAAGGACUCAGUAUCGACAUUAAUUAUCGCAACAAUCCACCUGUUUCUAACUCUUCCGGAACAUUUUCAGGCGACUUACUGACUACUGACCUCCCAGUCCCCUUCUUAUUCAUUAAACCCAACCAGCUUGAGAAGGUUCAUCAGAUUGCUGAAUCCGCUCUCGAAAACGAAUCGAUCAUUGCAGACACUGAAGAUGUUUACGAGCGGAUUGUCAACGAGCUGGACCAACGCCCUCCCGAGGAGAUGAUUGGUGAUAUCAUUGCCAAGAUCAAUAAGUUGGAGGCUCUCAAGGCCCAACUGGGCACUGAGGAGUGCGUUUCUUCAGUUAUAUAUAAUCAUGUAUCAUAG